AUGCCGGAGCAGGCAGAGACCUUGUUCGUUCUGCCUGACCCACCUCGUUGGCGGCACCCCUUCGCACAUCGUGGGGGUGCGGCGCGGAGCGACAGCCACCCAGAGUGGGGAAUACCACGCAGGAAGCGCAUCUCUCCGAAGUUUGGGUCGGCGGCGUUAUGUUGCACUCUUGUAGCUGCUCGGAUGGAGCAGCUAGUCCGGGCACCUCGCACAGAGAUGCUUUACUCACCUCCGAGCGAGGGGCUGGCUCUACCGGCCUCCGGGGAGCUUGACUUGACUCUGGGCUACGUGUGGUGCGAUGUGGGUGUCAUGAACAGGCUGGGAGAAGGUUCUGCUCUUCUUCACCCAGACAGCAGGUCCCACCCUCGGUCCUUGGAGAAGAGUGCAUGGAGGGCUUUCAAGGAGUCACAGUGUCAUCAUAUGCUGAAACACCUUCACAAUGGAGCCCGGAUCACUGUGCAGAUGCCUCCCAAUAUUGAGGGCCACUGGGUCUCUACUGGCUGCGAAGUUAGAGCAGGCCCAGAGUUCAUCACAAGAUCUUACAGGUUCUACCACAAUAAUACAUUUAAGGCCUACCAGUUUUAUUACGGUGGCAAUCGCUGCACAAACCCUAUCUACACAUUAGUGAUACGUGGCAAAAUACGUCUCCGCCAAGCAUCCUGGAUAAUCCGAGGGGGUACAGAAGCUGAUUAUCAGCUACGCAACAUACAGAUCAUAUGCCACAACGAAGCAGUAGCCAAAAAAUUAAGUGAGUUGGUGAACCAUACGUGUCCUGGAUUUAUACCAGAAGAUAGUCCCUGGGAGCAGGAUGUGAGCUAUGAUUUGCUGAGAGAAGAGAAUGGCUGUGAAUGCACCAAAGCUCUGAAUUUUGCCAUGCACGAGCUCCAGCUGAUCCGCGUGGAGAAGCAGUACCUGCACCACAAUUUAGACCACCUUGUUGAGGAGCUAUUUCUCGGGGACGUUCAUACUGAUGCUACUCAGAGGAGGUACUAUCGGCCCUCUAGUUACCAACCUCCUCUUCAAAAUGCCAAGAAUCAUGACCGCACGUGCAUCGCGUGCAGAAUCAUCUACCGUUCGGAUGAGCACCAUCCUCCCAUCUUACCCCCCAAGGCGGAUCUGACCAUAGGGUUACACGGAGAGUGGGUGAGCCAGCGCUGCGAGGUGCGACCAGAGGUCCUCUUCCUCACUCGGCACUUCAUUUUCCACGACAACAACAACACCUGGGAAGGUCACUACUACCACUACUCCGACCCCAUCUGCAAGCACCCCACCUUCACCAUCUAUGCCAAAGGACGCUACAGCCGGGGAGUGCACUCAUCCAAAGUCAUGGGUGGCACAGAGUUUGUGUUCAAAGUCAAUCACAUGAAGGUCACUCCCAUGGAUAUAUCCACAGCCUCGCUGCUCAAUGUCUUCAAUGGGAAUGAAUGCGGAGCACAGGGGUCCUGGCAAGUUGGGGUUCAGCUGGAUGUCACCCACACCAACGGCUGCAUUGCACUCGGCAUCCGCCUACCUCACACCGAGUAUGAGAUCUUCAAAAUGGAGCAGGAUGCCCGGGGCAGGUACUUGCUGUACAAUGGCCAAAGACCAAGCGACGGGUCCAGCCCGGACCGACCAGAGAAAAGAGCCACUUCCUACCAGAUGCCUUUAAUUCAGUGUGCUUCUUCUGUACCCAGAUCUGAAGAGUCACCAGAGGAGAAUAAAAUAAGGCUGUAUAGCAGCAGGGCACCACAAAAAUAUCCCGGCACCUCAGCUCUUGCUUUGGUGUUUAUUUGUACUGUGUCAUAUUGGGACAUUCUCAGCUAGAAGUGGAAAAAAACCCUUAUUUUUCAUGACUACAAAGCCAGGAUUCCACCAGACUGAGGGUUGUUUUUCUUCUGAAAGAAAGGAACAUUUAUUUUCUUGAUGCACUUGAAUGCCUGAGAACUGUUGUUCUUUUCCUUACUUCCCCCCUCCUCCUCGAAUCCCGAACGGCACUCGUUUGAUGUUUGUGCUUUGAACUUCAUCCAGUCUGAUCCCUGGCCUGACAUGACUGCACAAAAGUAAUUGCACUUUAGGACUGCAGAAUUCUGGGGGGAGGGAGGGGGUCUCCUUUUAUUAUUUUUUUUAACUGCUGGGGUGAAUGUUAUGAUCCUGCUUCAGCCGUCUCUGCCAUCUUACCAUUGAGGUACUCUUCUCCCCAACACCCCGUUUCUCAUCAGAAUAUAGCUCUGGGGAAGGGCUCGGUAUUGUGCCAGUGCUGUGAUAGCAGCUUCCCCCUCUGACUUCACAGCUCUGAUGUAGAUAUGUAUAUAAGGAGGAAACCCACAAAGAUUUAUCUUGUCAUUAUCUCACAGCUCAUAACACACAAAGAAACAGCAAAGCAACAGCCCUCUGUUCAGAUAGUGCUAAAUGGUUGAUACCUCUAAUGAAAAAAAUAGUCUAAGUAAUUUAA